GCGCGGGGAGGGAGAGCACGGGGGCGGCGGCCGGAAGGCGGGGAGGGGGAGCGGCAGGACUGAGCAGCAGCCGCAGCAGGACCGGCUCAGCGGCUGGCCCCUGAAGCCCUGCCACAGGCGCGGGGCUCGCACCAUGGCUCCGUGCGGGAGCAGCUGGCUGGCCAAUGAGGGGAGCAAGCACCUCUGUCUGCUUUUCUGGCUCUCCCUGAAUGUCUGGCUCUUCUGGAAAACCUUCCUGCUGUAUUACCAUGGGCCACAGUACUACUAUUUACAUCAAAUGCUAGGUCUAGGAUUGUGUAUUAGCAGAGCUUCAGCAUCUGUCCUCAACCUGAACUGCAGCCUGGUCCUUUUACCGAUGUGCCGUAUUCUCCUGGCCUUCCUCCGAGGAUCUCAGAAGGUUGCCAGCAGGAAAACAAGAAGGCUGUUGGAUAAAAGUAAAACUUUCCAUGUAACAUGUGGUGUUACUAUAUGUGUCUUUUCGGUCUUACAUGUUGCCGCGCACCUGGUGAAUGUUCUUAACUUCUCUGUGAACUAUACUGAAGAAUUUUUGGCACUAAAUGCAGCAAACUACCGUGGUGAGGACCCCAGGAAACUCCUUUUCACUACCAUUCCAGGACUGACGGGGGUCCUGAUGGUGUUAGUUUUAUUCCUAAUGUGCACAGCUUCUACAUAUGCUAUCAGGCUUUCGAACUACGAUAUCUUCUGGUACACACACAACCUUUUCUUUGUCUUCUACGUGCUGCUGCUGGUGCAUGUUUCCGGAGGAGUGCUUAAAUACCAGACUAACCUAGAGGAGCACCCUCCUGGCUGCUUUCAUCCCAACACAACUCUCCAAGAGGAUAUUCCAGUGCCAGGGAUUUUUGAAGAGCCUUUUCCUGAAUAUGCUCCCGAGCCUUUCCCAGCAGAACCAGAACCAUUUGUACAAAAUAACGUUGUGAGAAUUUGCACCGAGGAACCCAAGUUCCAGUCGCACUUCCCAGAGACUUGGCUUUGGAUUUCUGGACCUUUGUGCUUAUAUUGUGCAGAAAGGCUCUACCGCUAUAUUCGCAGUUAUAAACCAGUCACGAUAACUUCAGUGAUAAGCCAUCCCUCUAAUGUCCUUGAACUACGAAUGAGGAAAGAAAACUUUAAAGCAAGGCCUGGUCAGUACAUUAUUCUACACUGUCCAAGAGUGUCAGCAUUAGAAAGCCAUCCAUUUACGCUCACAAUGUGUCCAACAGAUACCAAAGCAACAUUUGGGGUCCAUCUUAAAAUAGUGGGAGACUGGACAGAAAGAUUUCGAGAUGUACUGCUUCUCCGUUCAAGUCAGGACACAGAGAUUCUACCCAACUUUCAGCAAAGGAAUUACCCCAAGCUAUACAUAGACGGUCCUUUUGGGAGUCCCUCUGAAGAAUCCUUGAAUUAUGAGGUUAGCCUCUGUGUGGCUGGAGGCAUUGGAGUAACUCCAUUCGCAUCAAUACUCAACACGCUGCUUGAUGACUGGCAAUGCUACAAGCUCAGAAGACUUUACUUUAUUUGGGUGUGCAGGGAAAUCCAGUCCUUUCGCUGGUUUGCAGAUUUGCUGUGUAUGCUGCAUAACAAGCUUUGGCAGGAAAACCGCCCAGACUAUAUAAACAUCCAGCUGUACCUCAGUCAAACAGAUGGGAUACAGAAAAUAAUUGGUGAAAAAUAUCAGGUCCUGAACUCGAGGCUUUUGAUUGGACGACCUCGUUGGAAACUCCUUUUUGAUGAAAUAGCCAAGUGUAACAGACAGAAAACUGUUGGCGUUUUCUGUUGUGGACCAAAUGAAAUCUCCAAGGUACUCCACAAAUUGAGCAACAGCAGCAACUCCUAUGGGACAAGGAAACCUGGGGACACGUCAUCUACAAAGAGGAAAAAAAGAGGGUUGUGCUGUCAAAGAGCCCUACUCCCAGCCUGUAUGCUCUGCUCUGUGUCCUUGAGAAGAAGCACUCAGGCUGUGUUGACGCUCUAGAAAAAGGCAGUGUUUUCACUGAGGCACCUGCUUCAGCCAGGAGGCUCUUCCAGGCAAAUGGAUGAAUGCGUAGAUGGAACUCUGGGAUCAAUUACUUUUUUCUUUGGCAAGAAACACUGGUCUCUCUGGGCCAGUUUGUGAGACCCUUAAUCUCACUGCGUUGUACAAGCAGCCUCAUUGGUUUUAAUGGCCUCGAUUCAUGGUGUAAAGUACUAUUCGAAGUGAGCAAAGUGGUCACAAUCUGGCCUUCUAACAAUGAAAAGCUUCCUUUUAAAAUGAAGGAACUGUCAGAUAUCCUCUAACGGUUUCUGCAGGUGGUGUGGGAUUAGAAUGGGACCCACCUGAAAAGAAGGACGAGAGGGGACCUGAUUCUUCCCUAUUUUACAGCACUGUAACUGUAUUGUUUGGGACAGAGGUACUCCUGAUUUACAAGUGAUGGGAGAAUCAGUGUAAGUUCUGCUGCCCAGCAUGGAACGAGGAGAGUAUCACACAUUGUUAUCGACACCAAAGCAAUGUAAGGGCCUGUGUUUCCUCUGGAGAAGGAGCCUUCUGUAGCCAGUGCUGCUGCUUACUUGUGCUGCUCUAAGGACAAAAAUAAUGCAUCAGAAUGAUUAAGGGGGAUGGGUCCCAGGCAAACCUAUCACUACAACUAAUGCUGAGAUAAGGGGGGUGGAUUUGGCUCAUCUUCCUCUAUGCAAUUAUUCUCCCAUUACAUGAAUAAUGCACACCGUUGAAAAACAAGGGCUACAUGAUGAGACUUCCAAGGAACACACAUGAGGUAGGAGGUAUCAGAAGCAUGGAUGAAUGCCUGUCUUUCCUGUAUAUUUUUAUCUUGAUUGUUACUCUAAGGGCUGAAUUCUCUUGUUGUUUGGGGAGGGAGGGAUUGUUUUGUUUUGUUUUUUUGUACUCUCUUAUUCCUAGGUCAGCUGUAGGAUUCUCUUUCCAUGUCAGCUCUUUCUAAAUUGUUUGGUGCUCAUGGGAGGCAAUGUAGAUUAUUAGUGUGGUUAGAGAAGGAAACAGUGAGUCAGGAAUCUGGGGGUCUGUUGCCUGUUCUGCCACAUGUGACAUUAGUCAAACUGCACAACCUAGGAUUUGGGCAGGAGUUUAAGGGAUUCAGGAAUUUCAAUGAGAAUUUAACACAACCAGACUCCUUGUUGUAAUUGCAUUAGGUUCCACUUUUAAAAUCACAGGCUAAAUAUCUCAGUCCCUGAGUCUGCGCAGCUGUAAAAUGGGGGUAGUAAUAUAUACUUCAUAGGGCUGUUGUGACAAUCAGUUCUUUUAAAGCACUUUAAGUUCCUCAGAUGAAAAGUGCUAUGGAUUUGCCAAGUAUUGUUAUGUCUAUUGUUGUAUCACAGGGCUGAUAUCUUUCCACUGAAUCUUUCCACAUUACUAAUGUAUAUAGAUAAAUUGCAAGAUUCUUUUGCAAGAAUGCCUCUUUUCUAAAAUUACUGAAUUACCAUUUUAUCUCGAUGGCCAUCCUGACAAGCAAACCAUUCAUCUGGGUUCUUUUGCUGGUCACAUGUCAUUGAGCAACAUUGUGUUCCAUUAUAUUACCAGGAGGUACUAACUUGGGUUCACUCUUGUAUUGUAUUUGACAAAGCACUGUACAUUUACUCGUAAUUACUGCACUGUAUUCUCAAGAUAUUCACUUUACCGAAAACAUCAUGACUUUGGAAUAAAUAAAACAUUCCACCACUAUCAAAACAUGGUAGAGCAGCUGAGUUGAGAACUGUUUUUAAUUCAUGACAUACUGCUUUAAUUAACAUAGAAGCACUGUGUAUAUAUAUUUGUUAGUACUAGAAGUAAACUUUGAGCAUUUUGCGUGACAUAUUUUGGAAACACACUUAUUUCAUUUGCCACCUAUUGGGAUCUCAAACAAAUACACAAACAGUGGAAACAGGAAACUGGGCCAAAAAUGUUCCUGUUGUAACACCAAUAAUGAGAUCAAAUCAAACACAGGAUGGAUUUGUCCCAUUUGAACAUAUGAACACCAUUUCACGAACACUAGCUUCAGAAACAAUGCCAGUCAUCUAAGCUCUGAAUAUCUCUUUUAGAAUGUAAGGAUAGAAGAAAACUAUAGGCAGGGUUGACAUAGGCUGAUUCUGCACCUACUGAAAUCAAUGGCAAAUCUUCUGCUGAUUCCAAGUGUGACCUUAAAAAAGCUUCUUCUGAUAUUAGCAAUAGUAAGGAUUUCAGACAGAUCCCAUAUUCUUACAAUGGGGAAUACUAUUAGGGCUCCCUGUUGAGCAAAGCACUUGAGUUCAUACUUAACUCUUGGCAUGUGCCUAAAGUCCAUCCUUGUUCGAUAAAGUAUUUCAGGAUGUGCUUCCCUUUAAGCAUGUAUUUAAGUCCCACUGAAGUCAUUGGGGUUUAAUGAUGUGUUUAAGGUUAUGUAUGACUUUUUCUGAGUCUGGACCAGAACCAGUAAUCUCUGUCUCAAAAAAAAUAAAAAAUAAAGUGUUUGAUCCAACCUCCACUGACUUUAGUGAGGCUUUCCUUUGACUUCAGUGGGACCUGGAUCGAAACUCCAGUACACCCACUGUCUUGUAAAGUCUGAAUCCUGCAAAGAGCUGAGAGCUACCGAGAGGUGCUUGGUGUCCCUAAUUCUGAACGACCUCGCCCUUCAACACUUUGCAGUAUCAAGGCCUAACGUGAAGAUAUGAAAUUAUUUUUGCCAUGGAAAAAAACGGAAAGCAAUUUGUGUGCAAACUACUUUGAUUUCAGAAUCGUUGUCAAAAGCGAUACUUUUUUGUGAGAAACCAAAAAGAAAUCAUUAAAAUAUAUAAGUAUAAGUA